AUGGCGCCCGGCGACGUCAAAGACACUUCCGCGGCGCCGUCCGCUCCACCCCCAGAGAAACCAUCCGACAUUUACAGAAGAACCCGUAUCGUCAUCUCCUUUUGGUUGAUAGUGCUGUGUUUGGGCGUGCCGAUAUGGUGGAAGACUACUACGAUCUACCGGGCGAAUCUUCCUCUCGAUGGGAUGAUGCAGUGGGCUGAGGGAAAGGCUUGUCGUCCUGUAUUUCCUCUUCAGAUCUCUGUGAAAGCGGAUGCGCUGCAGGAGAACGAGGCGCAGAAUCUCGUGCGACUGACGCAGCAUGCUCUUGACGACCAUAACGACUUCUCUGGACAUCACUUGCGUCUUCAACUUGCCCCUAAGGGGGGCGCUUCGCCUUCACCCGCCGCUGAUGAUGAAUCCCACGUCGCCCUCACGAUUCAACUUGCGCCUGGCGAGAGCAACUCUGCUACGUUGGAUCCCGACUCGGCUGUUCUCAACAUCGCAUACCCCUCUAACGCAGUCCCUUCCGCCCUCGCUACAUACAUCGCAAACGAGCUACAAUCGACAUUCUCCGAAGAACAGUCCAUCAUUUCAUACCUCCUAUCGACAUCCUCAGCCCCCGAUGCGAAACCUCAAGGAUUGACCCCCGAGGUCGUCGACAGGUUGUCAAAGCGAACUACACGAUCUCUACGAUACUCGCCAACAUACCAUCUUACCUUCUCCCUAUUCACAGCCGGCGCAGCACCGAGUACAUGGGACAUUGAGAAGGCGAUCGAGGAGUACAUGAAGCCGAUGCUUGAUGUGCUGGGUCCUAUUCACAACUUUACAAUUGAUACUCAGGUCCAGCUUUAUGCUACGCCCGGUGCUCAAUCGCAGGUGUUGAGUAAGGAAGACCUCGCGUCUUUCAUCAAUGCUGCUGAAUGGCCUUUGUCUCCUUCAAUUGCAGGCGCUCCGACUGUCAACUUUGUUAUCUACAUUGGCGACCAGAAGAUUGGCCUUGAUUCGGAGACAGAGACGUCACAGUCGUGGAUGUUUCCUCAAUGGGGCAGUGUGUACCUGCUUUCGCUCCCCGAGACAACGACGCACGUAUCCAGUGAGACACUCAAGCAGCCAAUGCUCACAUUCACCGGACAUUUAUUGUCACUCCUGGGUACGCCUCAAUCAGGUUCCCUCCCACUACGACUAUCCACCCUCUCCCGCAUCCGUUCAGCAGAUCUCCUCCUCCGCGCCUCCUCAACCCUCGGUUCUCUCGCCCGUCUAUCCCUCGCCCUCCCCUCAAUCUCAAUUCCUCAUAGCGUCGCCGAUGGCGUUGCAUCAACAAUGGAGCAUCUUCAACAAGCAUGUGCCAGUCUCGGCGCUCCCUCUGGACUCUUGCACGCUAGGAUCGCAGAGGAAGAGGCAGAGCGAGCGUUCUUCGAGAAGAGCAUGGUUGGGCAGUUGUAUUUCCCUGAUGAGCAUAAGAUUGCGGUGUAUCUACCGUUGUUGGGGCCGGUGGGUGUUCCAUUGGUUAUGGGACUUAUUAAUGAGCUUAGAGGGUGGAUUCAGAGGAGGAGACAGAGGGCAAAGGAUGAGGGAGAGAAGAAGGCCCAAUGA